CAUCGUUGUUUUGGUAACAAGGAAUUUAGUUUCGUUCGUACAUGUUAAAAAGCAGAGCGAAAUGGCUCCAGGCGGAGAAAACGUGAGCUUAACCACGGAAAACAGAAGAUUUCGCAAAGUCCUCGUGGAGAAAAGCCGGAGAGACCGGAUUAACGGCAGCAUCGAGCAGAUGAGGGCUCUUUUCCACCCAGCCACGCAAACGCGUGAGGAAAACGGCGAUUUCAGACUCGACAAAGCCGCCGUUUUAGAGAUCGCGGUGAGCUUUCUGAGGCACAAAGCGUUUUCCCGCGCAAAUUCAAACUACGCGCGCGGCUUCUCCCACUGUUUACAAGAAACCCUGCGCCACGUGACUCUGCACGCGCGCCUUCAGCCCAAAGCCACGGAGGCCGUCCAGCGUUUCUACGUCCGCCAGAGGUCAAGACUGACAGCGCGGCGCGGUCAGCUGAACCACAGGUCAACAAAACCGGCCGCCUCGAGGCCCACAGCUGCGCUGUGGAGACCCUGGACAAACAACUGAGGCUGUAUUCUGGGACUUAUCUGGGUAUUUAUCAAACUAUG